CGAUAAACUGACCGGCGUCGCCGCUGCGGCCGGGACGAUCCCGUCAGAUUCCGUUCCACUGGCAUGACAACACAAAUAAUUGUUAUUAUUGACAGAGUGAUAAUGUAAGCUUUCGGAAUCGACGGCGCGUUUCUGUGCGUACUCGUGGACGCGUUUCGUCGAUAAGUGCCGCGACCCAAGCGUCGGCCUCGUCGAGAAACCGUGGAAUUUCACGCGGUCUUCAUUCAGCAAAGUCGAAAUUUUUUCUGUCAAACGCACCGUCACACGAGGAUACAGGUUAUGUGAUGUCCGCGAGCGGAGCGAGUGAGUGAGCGAGCUCAUCUUCCCCCGUGCUCGCCGUUGCUCGAGUGGCGAGUCUCGUCGCAGGAUGGGCCAGGGUACGGAGACGUGCGCCGACCGGCCCACCGAGGUCAGCGUCAUCAGAUUCGUCUCGCGGAAUCGCACCAUCGAGGAAAUCGCACCGAAAAAGGAAGUAUAUACUUGCAAACAACGAGGUUGUGGUAAGGUGUUUACUAAUCAAGAUGAAUAUAAGACACAUGAGGCGCUAGAAGCUUUAAAAAUUAGAUUCAUUUGUCGCGAGCCAGGUUGUGGAGAAGAAUUGUCGGAUCCAGGUAGUAUGUGGCGACAUUAUCAAGAAUGGCACAACAAUGAAAUAAAUGUCUUUGUAUGUCCAUAUACCAAUUGCGGAUCCUUGCAAUCUACUAGUGGUAAUCUUGAAGAACAUAUUGAAAGUUGCCAUAGACAACCACCUACACUGCCAAUGGAGCCUGAGAUCAUUUGUUUUGAAGGCCCCGAAAAUGCAAUAGAUGACGAAGUCAUGCAAAAGACUGAGGAAGGAUGUUAUGACAAACUGUCAAAUGAAAAUUUUGCUAUAAAGGAAGAAUAUGGAAGUAAGGAAGAGAACUGUCCUAUUAGAAACGAAACUAAAAUUCAAGUGAAGAAUGAAUUUUGCCAUGAGCAGAAUAAAAUUACAACAGUUACAAACAGUGAGGAAUAUUCGAAUAAUGAAUCUUUGAAUGGUAUUAACAAGUUCUCUAAUAAUGAAGAUUUACUUAUUAUUAAGGAUAAUUUCUUACGAAAAUAUGAUACUGGUACACCAAAGUGCGAAGAAAUCCUUCAAGUAGAGUGCACACAAGAUAAAAAUAAUGUGGUUUAUAUAAAUAGUGACGUAACCAUUACGAAAAACAUGAAAAGCGAGAUAUGCAAUUUAAAUAUGCGAAAUCAAGAGCAUAGAAUAGAUUUGGGAAAUUUGGAACGAGUCUUUCGGAGUGGUCUAGAGCGUGAGAAUUCUAUGAAAAUCGAGGAAAGUUCGAUAGAAACAAACAGCAAUUGUUCAGACGACGAAGAGUAUACUCCAAAGAAACAACGCAUGUCUAGGUAUAAACAGGAAACGUAUAAAUGCGACGUCAAUGGUUGCGGAAAGAAGUACAAAUACAUAUCGCACUAUCGUCAUCAUCAAGACAGCCACAAAUUAGUCACAAAUACACAAAUUAAUUCUAUCGGUAAGCAAAUGCCAAAGGUGAAACAAGGAAAAGCGUCUACUGUCAGCUUUUUCAUAUGCAAAAUGCCUGGAUGUGGUGCGCAGGUAAACAACGUAACUGGCCUAUGGAAGCAUUAUCAGGACAAUCAUGCCAAUGCCAAGCCGCCAGUUGUACAGACUACCAAAAGCAAUGAAAUAUUUCAAUAAAGCGUCUGUGUACAAAAC